AUGCAAUGCUACAGCAAAUGAUUAUUGGUGGUGAAACAUUGAGCCACCCGCAAUUGAAUCAAACAACAAUCUGAUACCCGAGUACGAAGGUGGCGUUAAUUUCAAUUUGUGGGCGGCACAGUUCAAAAGCGUCGCCAGUGCCUACACUAUAAAUGAAGGCGAGUCGAGCAUUAUAUUUCUUAACAAACUGAAAGGCAAAGCACAACCCCGAUUUCGCAACUCAACAAGUAGAUGAGCUCAGUCAAAUGAAUCAAAUGUUUGGCUCAGGUGAAAACAGAGUGGUGCUGCGGCGAAAAUUUGAGACCAGGAAAUGGAAGUCGGGUGAGCGGUUUAUUGAAUAUUUCAACGAUAAGCUGGUAUUGGCAAACCAACUACAGCUGGGAGAAGAGGAGUUGGCCGAAUACAUAAUCGACRGCAUACCUGRUUAUCGGCUACGCAACCAAGCGUAUAUGCAGUGCUACAAAACAAAGGCACAAUUACUCCAAGCAUUUUCCAAAAUUGAAACUGGGAGAAAACCGAUUGCGCCGGCUCAGUCGCAGAUUCAAGAAAGAAGAUGUUACAACUGCAGCAGUCGCGGACACYUAGCAGCAGAAUGCCGUAAACCAAAGCGAGAGAUGGGUACGUGUUAUGGGUGUGGCAGUCGAAAUCAUCAAAUAGCAACAUGUCCAGAGAAGAAAACUGUCCACGCAGUUAAUGAAUAUAAUGUCUGAUCGACCCAGGUAGCCCAAUCAGCUUCAUAAAAAAUUUGCGUUGCAGAAAAUUUGAAAUUGGAGUUUUUAUCAAAUGUAAAUACUUUUUAUUUUGGUUUAAAUAAUACGAGAAUUGUAACUGAUGGAAAGUUUUUGUGUUGUAUUAGAAUAAAUAAUGAAUUAUUUGAAUUAAAUUUUGUAGUAGUUGAUGAUUGCACCAUGCAUUAUGAGGCUGUAUUGGGAAGAGAUUUUUUGAGAAUUUGUAAUUUUAAGUUAUUCAGAGCUGAAAAAAUAAAAAAUUGUUGUGAUGUAGGUAUGACGAAAAGUCGGCACGACAU